CGGUCAUGUCUGUCCUGAUGCCGCUGCUGCUGAGAGGCCUCAUGGGUUCGGCUUGGAGGCUGGUGGUGCCCCGUGCCCAGGUCCACUCCAGGCCACCGUGGGAGCAGCUCGGGAGCUUGGAUGUUGCCAUUACACUCACUUCCUGCUUCGUGUGUUUCUUCCUGCCUGCGGGCUGGGUCCUGUCACAUCUAGAAAGUAACAAGAAGCAGGAGUAAAGGGGGCUAUAUUCCUGGAACCUGUGACUAAACUACCCUCGCCGGCCCAUCCUGAUCAUGGCUCCUGCAUUUCUGGCUGGCCUUCCUUGGAUCACCUCUUCUGCAAUCAUGACUUCCACCAUGGCCUUGUGGUGACAGCUGGAAUCAUGUAUAUUGAUUGGCUCUGCUCUGUGGGGGCGCCAUGGUAACAGUAAAGUCUACUUAAAUCUCCAAAAA